ACCGCGUGGCUAGGGAAGACGGAUGUAAACAAAGACUGUGCCCCUCUCAAAAAACCUGCAAAUCCUGACGUUAUGCCGAUUUUGACAGACAUAUAUAUUUUUUAAAUGUGUCUCUAUCAAGCCGACAUAAUGGACUUUCAAUGUCCACAAUUCAAGAGGCACACCUUUAGGAAGCAUGGUCAUUCCUCAAAUUAUCGAGGAGGCAUGCCACGAGGCAGAAAUCUAUCACAAUGCGGGAAUUGAUGGGCUGAUCAUUGAGAACAUGCAUGACAUUCCAUACACAUUCUCAGUUGGACCAGAGGUGUGUGCCUCUAUGACAGCGGUGUGUGCAGCGGUGAGGGGGAUCUGUCCGUCUCUGCCUCUUGGAGUUCAGAUCCUGUCUGCAGCAAACAGCUCAGCUGUUGCUGUUGCACUGGCUUCAGGUAUGGAUUUUAUCAGGGCAGAGGGAUAUGUCUUCUCACAUGUUGCUGAUGAAGGCCUUUUGAAUGGAUGUGCCGGAGACCUUUUACGAUACCGCAAGCAAAUGCAGGCUGAACAUGUGCAGAUCUUUACUGACAUAAAAAAGAAGCACAGCUCCCAUGCCCUGACUUCAGAUGUGAGCAUAGUGGAGACGGCCAGAGCAGCUGAGUUUUUCCUUUCUGAUGGUCUCAUCAUCACUGGAACAGCCACAGGGGUUCAGGCAGAUCCAAUGGAGCUCAGAGAUGUUGCAGGGUCUGUAAGACUCCCAGUUCUUAUUGGCUCAGGAGUGACCUAUGACAACGUGGAAUACUACCUUGAUGCUAGUGCAAUGAUAAUUGGCUCUCAUUUCAAGAGGGGAGGAGUUUGGGCAAAUGCUGUUGAUCCAGAAAGCGUUAAAAAGUUUAUGGGGAAGGUGCAUUUGCUUCGAAAUUGAAAUCCACCAAUUUGCUGCUAAAAUAAUUUAUUGCAGAACAAUGACAUUUGUUGGUAAUAAUACAUGUAAUUACUGAAGUUAUGUUUCAUGCUAUUUAAUAAAACACAAAUAAUACCUAAACAAAACAUAUUUAUUUAACAUCUUUUAACAUUUAAAUAUACACCAAAAUACCAAAUAAAUCUGAAUAUAUUUACAAACCGGGCUUGUAACAGUACAGCAAACAUAAGAACACACUGGGAAUAAAUGUAUAAAAACAAAGUGAAUCACUAAGUACAAAACAUACAUUAGUAACAGUGUUUCAUCAUUAUUUGGUAAUCCUUACAUACAUUGUAUUUGUUAUUAAAAAAUAUAGCGAAAGAGGUCCAAUUACUCAAGAGUGAUGUUUUGUGUCAUCAUCACAUAUAUACAAAAUAGCUUUUCAUAGCUAUGAAACAACUUAAAGCAAUAUACUCACAACGUAUCUAAAUCUAAGGCACGCAAAGUAAUACAAAAAAAGUAUUCUAUAUACAAUAGAAUGAAUAUUUGCAAAGUGCUAAAACCUUUUGCAUUUUAUACAAUACAUAAAAGUUUUCAUCAGAGCCAUAAGACUUAACUGUAACAAGCCAGUUAUAAUACUUUUCACAUGCACACACACAUCUACUCAAGGCUAUUUCACUCUCAAACUGGGCUCAGUAUGUUAAUAACAUACUCAGCAAAUGUGGUUCCCUUGAUCAGGGUAAAGAGAUAGGUCUAAGGUAGGUCAUAGGUCUAAGGUCUGUGUGUUAAGUGGGUUCAGACAGUGGCGUGGCUACUCAGUAGACACUCAGUAGUUGUACAGACGCUGGCAGGGUUGUUUGAAGUGACCAAAGCGUCUGUCAGAGUGGGAGAAGCGCACCUUGGCACAGCUCUGUCUCUGGAGAGCACUCCUGGUCAGCUUCUUGCACUCCAAGUGAGUCCUGGCUCGCUGUAUGGCAAGCAGUUGGAUAUUGCAUGGAAGCGGGCUGCCCCGGGCAGCUAGCCUCCAGGACACAUGCUGUUUGACUGGCACAGGUCUGCAGGGGGGGGAAGGACAGAAUAACUGUAAUGUGACACUCCUUUCUCUAGGAUAAUGGUUGUGUUAUCACACUGACUAAAGUAGAUGGAUCCCCUGGAUGAAAACUGACCUGGGAGAAGUAUCCUCUUCAUCGCUGAGCUGGUGUCUGAUCUGGUCUACAGACAUACUGGGAUGCUCAAUCAGCAGGUUCUCCAAAGGGUCUUCCUCAGGGGGGGUCAGGGAGUUGUUCUCUGGAAACAUCAGACCACAAAUUUACUAAACCGAGACCAAAGAGGAAAAACACCAGUGAGACCUCUAAUAGUGUCCAUUAGAUCUACUAUCCAAAUAACUACAAUACUACCAUUUACAGAACAAGUAACUGCAGACAACAAUGCCCAUACCAGUUUAACAACUAACUUGUGAUUUCAACUUUCGGUGAAAAUUAUCGGCUUACCUUGAAUGUUGAUAACCACCCAUCCUCCCGCCUCAAACUCAAUGAGCUCCUCAUAGGUUUCAUUGUCAUCUGUGGAAAAAUCGUCAUCUGUGCUACCAAGGAAAUGGGCAAGUAUCUUUCCAAUCAUUGUGUAUAUGUUUUGCCUCCCUUGGCCCUCUUAUUGCAGUCUGCAAAGAAAAUGAGUUAACAUAGUGUUAUAGUAUGUUGCCCCCAUAAGGAAAAAAAAUUUGCAGACCGGAUACAAUUACUGCUAAACUGGUAAAACUGAUCAUGGUAAACAUUGCAUCAAAUACAAGAAAACAGCACAACCUGAAAAGGUAUGUGUAGUUUAAUAUCCACAUUGACAGAAGAUAGAUCUGAAAUGAUUUCAAGAAAGCAGAAUCUGAACAACACCUUACAUGAUGACCUUUAGUUUUUAACAUUGUGUCCUGGCUUAAUGACCCUGCCAGCACAGCAGAAUCAGGAACAGCAUGCCCCUUGGAAGCUAUUUGCAGACGGAAGGUCAUGGCAUCCUUUCUGACUCAUUUCAAGCCUGUAUUUGAAUCUUAAGACAUGUUAUGAAUAAACUAAUAUGGUGAAUAUGAAGCCAAUCGGCCAAACUAGGGUGAAAACAAAGGGUUUGCAAAAAUAUAUAUAUAUGUAUACAUUUUAGUGUAUAUAAUUGUAUUUUGACAUUUCUGGUCAAAUAGGCCUAUUAAAAAUAGAAUCAGGUAUAAACGGUAUAUCUUUCAGGCUUAAAGUGUCAUAGACUAGACAGAAUACCACAACAUCCACUUUUAGACUGAGGGCUGUCCAGACACCCACGGUCUUUGAAUGCCUUGGUGUACUUGUAAACCUAUACUGUCAAUAUACAGCUACACCCCAGCCUGCCAGCAAGGGAAGAUCCAAUAGUGCCCAGACAGAAUUAGCUCAUAAGGUGCAAAAUGUAUAGAUUACAUAUACACUUGCAUAUCUUUUCUGGUAUGCCAUCAAAAGGUCCAUAAGUUGGAAGUUUAAAGACAUGUCAGACAAUCCUUACAUUAGCCUUAUUUAAUAUAUAAUAAAUGUGUGAUAGAAACAAUCAAAUCAUUAAAAAACAUAGGAGGGUCGUUUGGGUGAACUUGAUAUGGCAUUAAUUGGGUUUAAACUUCUUCAAUAAAUAAGUUAAUCAUUAAGCACGGCAUUUAUGUAAUUCACUGACAAUCAAACAAAUAACCCAACCUACAUACAAAAUGACACAUGACAUGGUUACAAUUACAUGGUAGUCUACACAACUAAAAAGUUGUCCUAAUAGGACACUUUUGGGAUGUAGAAAUCAAUAAAAACAUGCAAUGGAUAGAUAUGUUAGUAGGCUAAAGAAAAGUGUCUAUGCUACACACGAACUAAGACUUAGGAUACAACAUGUCGCACAAUGCUGAAGGCUACAAUGUAUUUUUUCCUUACCUCACAAAUGUAUAUUUAACAAGUGGUGGCCGACGGUUAGCUUGAAACUAUAACCGGUCUGCAAUUGUUUUGAUACAGACUUGUUUUUGAACACCAACUCUUUUGCUUUGGUGGGUGGUGAACGUAAGCGAAAAUCCCAACUCGAAGGCGUGGCUUCAGAAGGUUGCGCACAACUAACAUUUGUCCUCAUAACUAGCUGUCAAGUGAAUAAAUGUGUCCUUACUUGAAACAUACCUAAAUACCUGGUUUCAACCGACGUCCAAUCUUUCGAAUAGUCUAGGCGUGUAGUCUAUAACAACAAGACAAAAUACAUUAGAGUGGAAGAUACAUAUAUAUAUAUUUUUUUUUUCAAUGUACAACGGUUUGCAUUUCACAACAGUGGUCGACUUCGUUUUGCAUGGCCCGGUGGCCCGUGUGAGCGGAGUUUGUUUUUAUUUAAUAAUUAUAUUGAUUCAUAAGAGAAAUCUCCACCCACCCCGGGCACCGGGCCCUGCAAAACGAACCCCACCAAUUUUAUGAAAAGGAGGGAAUUGUAUCAAUGGCUUUUCUUGAAACAUUGUUGCAAAUAUUUGCGGAGUAAAUGACAAUUAUGCCAGGUUGCCCCACUGAGAUCUAUGUAUUAGGCUAUGUUUGUUUUAUUGUGCAUCUAAAAACAACCGCGAAUCGUUUUAACAGGAUGUGGGCUUGUCCUAAAACAAAUGUCCCGUCAUUCACCGCGGUCAUAGUUUUUACCAACACUCAUGAUACACAAACAUUAACACAUCAUCGAAGUGCGAGAUCUGACGGUAGGGAUUCGCCACCAAUGUGUACUUUAGACUAUUUUCAUGUAGGCCAACGUGAGAGUCCGUCCUGUGUGAUGGUGACAACUAUGUCGUUAUGUAAAGGUGAUUGCCACACUUUAAAUGGAGAGAAAAUGCUGAUGGCCACAUGAUGACACACUAACACUAUCUCCUAUUUUUAGAUGUCGUUUUACGCCAUUAAAAAAGGCCUAUAUAUCAUAAGGGAAGUAUAAUUAUUAUUAACUGCGGUUGUUAUUAUUGUGGUCAUAACAUCAAUCGGAGGGAAGCAUUUCGAAUCUCUUGUGUGAGAAGUUUUUGACUAAUGACAAUGGUCUGCAUUAAGUCAUCAGUUAUUUAACCAGUCUCUGUCUGCUAAAUAUGAUAACUGAAUUGAUUACAAUAAUAUCGUUUCCUGGUUUUGUCAACAUUUGGAGUAAAAAAGACCUAUAACAUUAUUUGAACAAUCGUUUAUUUUACUUUUGGUAGAGGCUACUCUCAGCAGUGUAAUGCAGUUCAUUACCAGAAGAUGGCUUACUCCUAGUCUUCAGGAUAUCUGACAGAAGUCAAGUCAUACAUCUCUUCUAGUAUUAAAUUGGUAGUGGCUAUUUGUACUUGCAAUUUAUACUAGAGAUCCGAUGAGUUGGGUUGGUUGCAAACUGAUCUUCGGUGUGUCUCGUAUCAUCACACCAGGGAGAGCAGCUACCAUGGCUCCACGUAUGGAUGAUGUCAUGCAACUAUGCUGUGACCUGUCUGCAAAUCAGCAGAUAAAAGCAGCAGUGAAGAAUUCUGGGAAAGGAUCAGCAGUGGCAGGAGGGACUGCAUUUUUAGGAGGUCUUCUAGGUGGUCCCCCAGGGAUUGCUGUUGGUGGUGCAUUAGGUGGCCUGUUGGGAUGGUGGAUGACCAGUGGACAGUUCAGACCUCUCCCUCAGAUCAUCAUGGAGCUGCCUCCCCACCAGCAGCAGAGACUCUAUGCUGAUAUCAUGGCCGUUUUGGGCUCACUGGACUGGACAGACCUGGCCCAGCUGACCGCCCUGGUCGUGGGGAAUGCUACUCUCCAGCAGCAGGUCACUGCUGCCCUACUCCGUUAUAUCACAAAGGAACUGAGAGCAGAGGUGAGAUAUGGGGACUGAUCUACACAGACUGAAUAUCUGGAGGAAACUCCUUAGAACAUUUGUACUCAGAUUCAACUCAAGCUUAUUCCUGGAGACUGAAAGAACCUUUUAUACUGUAGGUUCACUGAAAGAGGCCUUAUGAGAGUUACAUUGUGACUCAUGUCAGACCUGUCAUGUUACCUAAUAUCUGAUCAUGUCCAUUUAAUAUCCUUUGAUGAAGCGCUUAAAUGACAUUUACGCCACUUUCAUUACGUCAUUUCCAUUAUCCCCAGCCCAAUACCAGUGUCUGCAUAUGUGAAAACGGCACAUUUCUACAAAACAAAUAUAAAGUUAAAAGUUCUACCCAAUGACGCCAUCAAAAGUAAAACAUAUUUAAAAACAGUGCUUUUCAGGCACUAGGAGAUUCCCAGUGAUGUGAGGAGCAAGAAAACACCCUCCCUCUGGCUAGAAAACCUCUGUUUUGAAAAUCACUGUUUUGUUACUUUUAAUGCUACCAUGUGAUGUUACAGAGAAGCAUUUGAAAUUUUUUUUUGCACCUUAUCUUUUUAACCACAGAUCAUAGAAACUCGCUGUUUUCACAUACUGUGUGUAGACACUGUUAUGGUUUCGGAGAUAAUGAAUAUGAGGUGGAAGAGUGGCGGAAUUGCACUUUAAUGUACACGUUUGUUUUGUUUUAGUUGAGAAAUUGUUAUCUCUGAAUGUCGCGGUAUGAUUGAAACGUAUCUUAUACGAACAGUCCAGCAAUUAACCAGAAAGGUGCACUUUAUAUAUAUUGUAGCGCAUAAUUGGUUGCCGAUAUUUUGCGCUGAAAUGUACACAUUGAAUAUUGUUGGUCAUGUAUAAUUGACAUGAUUUGCAACAAAUGCAAGACAAUGAAAAAAAAGGACCCUGAUCACUCCUCUUGUAAGUGUGCCUGGGAUCUCAAGUGAUUCAUGCAAUGUGAAUAUUGUAAGAGAUGAGUACUUCGGAGAAACCGGCCUUGAUACUUCUGGCGCAUAAAAUGGUGAUAAGUG